GCGUGUCCAGCCCAGGCCGGAGCUCCAGCCCCUCCCGGACCCAAGAGGGCAUUUAUUGCGCAGGCGCGGGGAGGAGCCGCGGGGCACGCCGGGAGCAGGUGUCUCUACACAUGGCUGCCGAGGAAGGGACCCUCACAGUUCGCCUCAUCCGGUCAUUUGAGCAUCGAAAUUUCAAGCCUGUGGUAUAUCAUGGAGUUAAUUUGAACCAAACUGUGAAGGAAUUUAUAAUAUUUCUAAAGCAAGAUGUCCCUUUGAGGACCAGCCUGCCACCACCACUCAGAAAUUACAAAUACGAUACACUGAAGAUUCUUCAUCAAGCUCACAAAGCAAAGACAAAUGAGCUUGUGUUGGGUUUGGAGGACGAUGACACACUCCUGCUGAAGGAAGACAGAACACUCAAGGACUCAGGAGUAGCCAGUGAAACUGAAAUUGCUUUCUUCUGCAGAGAAGAUUAUAAGAGAUACAAAGCUAAUCCCACCUCCUCCUGGUGAAAGUGCCCGGGGUACACCUUUGCAUUCCUUUCUUCCACAAGUGAGUUUUUUAAAUUGUCAAAUAAAUCUUUAAAGAAUUAA